UAGCACUGGAUCUCGAACAAUCGUAAUGCAACCGCUCGUUUUAUCGAGUAUGUUCCUAGCCUGAAAAUUUCUUUCACAUUAUCCUUUUUUUCGGAAGUCAUUUUAAUAUUAUCUUCUACGUGAUAUCCUGCAGUUAAUUAAUGAUGACGGAUGGAACAGCAAAUGAUGACCCUAAUGCAUUUAAUUCUAAACUCGAUCCAUUGGAGAAGGUAACUGCAUCCACAGCAGGACCAGUGGUUUUAUAUUCUACGGCGCAAGCUUGGAAAGCCCAGUUUCAUCGCUGCUUUGCACCAUACAUAGUUUCAGAAUCAUCAGACGAAGAAGAAGAAGAUCUGUCUCAGUAUGAAUUCGAAGAUGACCUCGAAUAUUUAAGAUCGUUGGAUCCAAAGGAAUGGAAAGAUCAAGACCAUUAUGCAGUGUUAGGAAUAAGAAAACUUAGGCACAAGGCUACUGAAGAUAUUAUUAAAAGGGCUUAUAAGCAGAAGAUAUUGAAACAUCAUCCGGAUAAGCGCAAGGCAUUGGGAGAGGAAAUAAGACCAGACGAUGACUACUUUACUUGCAUUACUCGUGCAUGGGAGACUCUUGGAACAACUGUUAAAAGAAGAAGUUACGACAGCAUAGAUCCUUAUUUUAAUGAUGAUCUGCCAGACGAGAAGGAAUGUAAAAAUAAUUUUUAUGAAAUUAUGGGAAAAGCAUUCAAAGAUAAUGCUAGAUGGUCUAUCAAAAAACCAGUACCACUUUUAGGUGGACCAAACACACCUAGAGAUAAAGUUGAAAAAUUUUAUUCUUUCUGGUACGACUUUGAUUCUUGGCGGGAGUACUCGUAUCUCGACGAAGAGGAUAAAGAAAGUGGACAAGAUCGAGAUAUGCGUAAGUGGAUCGAGAAAAAAAAUAAAUCAACGAGAGCGAAACGAAAGAAGGAAGAAAUGGCAAGAAUACGUUCUUUAGUUGAUAUGGCUUAUAACAUAGACCCAAGAAUAAAGAAAUUUCAACAGGAUGACAAAAAUAAAAAAACAGCUGCUAAGAAGGCAAAGCAAGAAGCUGCUAAAGCUCGACAACAGGAAGAAGAGAGAAUAGUUAGAGAUGCUGCGGAAAGAGAAAGAUUAGAAAAAGAAAAACGCGAAUCUGAGGAACGUGCAAAAAUGGAUGCAUUGAAACAAGAGAGGGAGGCACAGAAGAAAGCACUCAGGAAGGAAAGAAAAGCGUUACGCGACUUGUGUAAAUUUAAUAAUUACUUUGCUGAAAGUUCAGCCGAAAGUCUUAAGCACAUGGAAAGUGUAGAAAAAAUAUGUGAGUUGUUGAAAUUAAUUCAAUUGGAAGAAGUUAUGAAGAAGCUACAAAAUGGCGGUAGAAAUGCAUUCCUCCAUGUGGUAAAAGAAACAGAACAAAAGAUAGAAGCAGAACGUAGAGCUGCUAUAAUAAAUAAUGAUACACGAAAUACACCGGAGAAACAGGUUAAAGCUCAUACCGCUCCAUGGAGCGAAAAUGAUUUGCAACUUUUAAUAAAGGCUGUCAAUUUAUUUCCUGCUGGUACAAAUCAACGUUGGGAAGUAGUAGCUAAUUUUAUUAAUCAACAUAGUACCUCAUCCAGCAGCAUAACGCGCGACGCCAAAGAAGUUUUGGCAAAAGCUAAAGACUUACAAUCUACCGAUUUUAGCAAAUCGAGCCUUAAGGAAAGAGCUAAUAAAAACGCUUAUGAUAAUUUUAUCGCAGAGAAAAAAACCAAAGAAGGAAUCGAAGAAAGAAUGCCAGCUGUAACGGAACGCUUGGAUCAUCCUCUUUCCAAUGGAAUAUCUAGCGACGCUAAAGAUGUCAAGAAGGAGUCUCAAGCUUGGACCCCUGUGGAACAGAAACUUCUUGAGCAAGCAUUAAAAACUUAUCCCACAACGGUCCCCGAUAGGUGGGAUCAAAUAGCAGGAUGCAUACCAACUAGAACGAAAAAAGAAUGUAUGAGGAGGUAUAAGGAACUCGUGGAACUCGUCAAAGCGAAAAAAGCAGCACAAGUCAUGAAAUAAUAUUAACUCUUCUUAAGAUGAAUUUCUUUGUAACUUAUUCAUUCUUAAUUAUGACCAUUUUCUAUAUCAUUUCCACCUUUCCAUUGUAGGAAUUUCAGUUGAGGAUGAAUAUUAGAUAUUAUUGAAUUCCUGCCAAUGUACAUUACGGUGCCUUGCUUGGACCUACAUACACACGUGUGCGCAGCAUAGAAAUCGUUGUAGUUUUUCAUUGUCUUUUUAAUUUCGUUCAAAUUUAUACUGUUUUUGUGAAUAUAGAAAAUUCCUUGCACCGUUUACUUUUAAUCAAACGCAUCGCAUAUAUAAUUAGAAAUUAAUUAAUGGAGAAUCUUGAGCCUCCAAAUUAAUCAUUGACACAUAGGUUUUUUUUUUUUGCGUUAACUCGAUUCUUAUAUCGUGUAAGUAAUGUAAAAUACAAAAUACUUAGAUGGACCGUAGAUGAGAAAGAAAAAAAGAAAAAGAAGUAAUUACUUUAUAAAUAAAAACUACAUUUUAAAAAGCGCAUUUUACUAAUUUCUGUUCAUUAAAUUUCGAUUGGAAAGGGUUAAUCUGCGAUCAUCCAAACAUAAGAUGCUUGAAAUCCUUAUAUUUUAAUUUGACACAUUUUUGACAACAACAUCAACAACAACAAUUUCUGUGUUAGUUUUUCUCUAGUCAGCAAGAUGCUGCUCGCUCGGUUUCUUCGUAUUUUUAUCGUCUCUCAUCCAUUAUUAUUAUUAUUAUUAUUAUUAUUAUUAUUAUUAUUAAUACUAUUACUAUUAUUAUUAUUAUUAUUAUUAUUAUUAUUAUAUUCGUGCAAUUUGGACAAAAUUACACGUACGCAACAUAGUUAAAAAACAAACUAAAAUGUUGCUUCUGUCCAAUCAACAAGAAGAACAUCUUCCUCCCCUACUAUGUAGAAUACCUUUUUUUUUGUACUUUCUACAUUUUUUUGUAGUUUUUUCUGAAAAUACAGUUGGUAGUUUAAAAUAUACCGAUCGACCAAUCAGAAUGUUUUUCAUAUAAUAAUGAAAUUUUGUUCGUAAAACGAUUACCAACAAUCCAAACUCUACGACAACCAAACGACUACCAAGUAUCUAGCGUCUACUACCCUCCAUCAACGAUACUGUUAGAGUUAAUUAACAAGGUAAAUUGUUUAAAAUAUUUCCAAUUUUGUAAACGCUUCUCUUUAACUAUCGCUUUUUCUUAUUUUUUCGUAAAAGUGAAGUCAUUUUUGUAAUGACAAAAAAUGAUUUGUUCGAAAACGUAUAAACGCGAAGAAUAGAAUUAAGCUGACGCCAUUUUUUUCUUUGUUCAGGAACUUCAUGAAACUUUGUGGAACUUUUUCUUCUUCUUUAAUAUCUUUCCUCUAAUUAAUUAUUAUUAUUAUUCGCUUUGUUUUUCUCUAUCGAGCAACACGAUAGUUAAAUAAUUAUAUAUUAAUUAUAAGUCAGAGAAAUGUGGUCUGGUUUUUUUUCGUUCAGUUCAGUACAUAACGCUAAUUUUCUAUAUAACAAUAAUUUCUUACGAAAAUAUGUUUAUACCACCGAUCGACGAGUUUACGUUUUAUUUUUCUUUAUUAAUUAUUUAUUCCUUUAAUUUUCGUUUGGUUUUUCAAUGUGAUUCGAACUGAAAAAACGUGGUUUGACGAUCGGCAGUUAAAAAUGAUCGUAACGAUCGUUAGGAAGGGCGUUCAUACGUUGUUUCGAAAAUAAAAAAACAAGCUUGCUUUUGUUUUAAGACACAAUUGAAAUUUUUCAAUACAAAAUUCGAUUUCAUAUCAGUUGCCCACAUUUAUAAUUCAUCGUUCGUUAAUAUUUGGAUAAUUGUGCGUGAAAUAGUUAGAAAUAUUUCUUUUUAUAUCAAAAAGACGGAGAGGAUGAGGGAAAGUGGAAGAGAAUGUGGGAGAAAAUGUGGGAGAAAA